AGCUACGCAGCCCUGGCUUCCUCGCCGCGGGCCCCGCGCCUCCCGGCGGCCUUCUCCCGCGCGGGGCGCCAUGGGCCCCCCCGGCGAUGCCGGCGUGCCGGCCGCCCAGGAGGGCUGCGCGCGCACGGGUGCGGCCACAGGCGAGGCGCGCCGGGUUGCGGACGGCGGCCGGGCACCGGAGGAGGAGCGGCAGGCCGCGGCGUCGAGCUACUCUCAGGCGCUGCGCGACCGUCUGCACAGGAUCCGCGCCGAGAUGGAGGCGCAGGGCGCCCUGGCCCUGAGGUUGCGGCGGAGCCUGGAGGGCGCGCGGGCGGAGGUGGAGAAGAAUUCGCGGGAACUCUACGAGUUGAGGGUCAGGUGGACCGAGGAGGAGCCCUCGAGGGCGGAGCUGCUGCGGGAGACGGGCGAGGUGGAGCGGCGGCUGUCCGAGCGGGAACGGCGCUGCGCCGAGGCCCUGGUGCAGCUGGCCGAGAGGGACCAGGCGCCGGGCGCCGCCGAGGCCGCUCCGCCGCCGGCCGGCCGGGCCGCGCCCACGUCGCCCCACGGCGCCACGGCGGCGCUGCGGGGGGACGCCUACGAUGACGACUUCGAGCAGGAGGAGGACGGCGAGGAGGGGCGGCGGCGCGCCCGGCUGGCGCAGGAGCGUCAGCGCCUCGCGGGCCUGGAGUCCAGGCGCUUGGAGCUCGUCUCCGAGCUGGGCCGGCUGCGCGAGCUGAGCGCUCAGGAGGCAGCGAGCGUCGAGCAGCUUAGCGAGCGCAUCGAGGCGAUCCGGAAGGAGGCGCGCACCGCGCGGACCCUCGCCAGGGCCUCGAGGGAGCGGGAGGAGCGGUCGAAGCAGAAGAUCGAGGCCUCAACCGCGACCGCGGCCGCCUCGAGGCAGCGGCAGCGCGCGCUGGAGUCCCAGGUCGCUGACCUCGGGACCGAAAUCGACGUUCUGAGGGGCGAGCUGGCCGCCGUCGCCCAGCCCGCCGUUGGCGCCGCCGCCAGCGGCGGCCCGGCGCACGAAAGGGAUUCCAGGUUCCAGACUCCCGGCUGCAUGUGCGACUGACCUGUCGUUGGAGUGGUCUUUGGUGCGUGCGCACGAGCGUCCCGUUCAACCGA